AUGUUGCCCAUCACGUCAACAUUUUACUUACACACAAGAUGCGAGCAAGAAUCUUCAAAUAUGGACGUAUCUUCACGUUCUAGACGGUCUGUAUGGACCAAUUCAACAUACCACGGGUUUCGAAACAGAAGUGAUCCGGGAGAUAUCGAAGACAAAUUCGAUAAUACAGCAAUAGAAGCUUGUCAUUCUUUAUAUUUUCUAUUAGACUUCUUUCAUCAGUACUACAUUCCUUCAAUCAUAUUACUAGGAUUGAUAGGCAACCUGUUGUCUUGCAUUGUGUUCCUAAACACACAUCUAAGGAUACGAAGUUCCAGUUACUAUUUGGCCGCACUGGCCACGGCCGACUUCACUUUCUUGGUUACAUUAUUGUUAGUUUGGUUCAACAACACGUUAGGAUGGAAAGUGUUCAAUAAAGAUGGCUGGUGUGAAACGUUGGUCUACGUGAGCGCUGUUUGCAGCUCUCUUAGUGUAUGGUUAAUCGUUGCAUUUACCGUGGAGAGAUUUAUAGCUGUUCAGUAUCCUCUGCAUAGACCCCAUAUAUGCACCAUAGCGAGGGCAAAGACUAUCGUAUUGGUGUUGGUGAUUUUAGCAUUGGCCAGUCACUCGUACUCAUUCGUGACGGCUGGAAUAGUCAUGAACAAAGACGGAGAGGAAUAUUGUGAUAUGAAAGUCGAGUACAUGGAAACAAUGAAGAUAAUCAGCAUCAUCGACAGUAUAGCUAGCCUAAUCGCGCCACUGGUUCUUAUCAUCGUGAUGAACACCAUGAUCAUGAGGAACUUGUUGAAGUUUAGCAGACGAUUCAAACAAACAUCAAGCACGUCUACAGAUUGUCCAAGCAGAGAAAGAUCUGACAUCAAUUUGAAUCAAAUUCCGAGUGGUAGCAGUAGUAACAACGGUGCCGGUGGCAUGAAUCUAGGACCAAUAGUCGGAGGUCGACGGCCACCCUCGCAGCAAUCGUUUCAUUCGUCGAAGAAUAACCAUUCUCAUCAUUCUCGGCAUCAGACUACGUCCGCACCGCCAUCAACACCGAGAAACGCCUGUCAGCUACCCGAAAUAGGGAAUCGUUGUAUACAUAUUAGAUCAUCGUCGAAAAACCUUGUAUCUACGAGAAAUCAACAAAACAUCACGAAAAUGCUGCUUUUAAUCAGUACCGUCUUUAUACUUCUCAAUUUACCAAGUUAUGUUAUACGGUUAUGCGUAUUCUUCUUCACGCUCGCCCGCAAAAAUACACCUGACCUGCUUUGGUGCAUACAACAGUUUUUCAUGCUUCUUUACUAUACCAACUUCAGCAUCAAUUUUCUAUUGUAUGCAAUGUGUGGUAUUACAUUUCGACGUUGUUUACAACAAUUGUUACGCAAAAUAUUGAAAAGCAUGACCAGAUAUCAUUGCAAUCCGCAACGAUACAUAUAGAAAUUAUAGAAAUAAUUUUUGGCCAAUCGUAGAAGAAUCACAAUUUCAGAAAGCGUGAUAUGAAUAGUGUCUAUAUCACGUGACUAUCAUGGCGCUUUAGUCACGUGGUUAAAUAUACUACUUCAACGAUAUCUCGUAUGUAAAAAGAUCACGUCUCAGUCAUUUAUAACGCUGAUUGUAUGUAACGUAUAUAGGUUAUGAAUAAGAGUUUCUGGAAAUAUGAUAAUUAUACCGAUUUACUCUAAGUACAGUUAGUUUCUUUCAAUGUAUACUCAGUGAACGAUGUAUUAUUCAGUGAUCUCAUAUUCCAGUAAUUGCCGUUUGAUUAUUUUUAUGUUGCUAUUGAAAUAGGAAAUAAUGAAAAGGAAAUAAAGUAAGUACAAAUCUCUGAAUGUUGGAUUAAUAGAAUAGAUUUAUUUCAUUUGUAUAAAUGAGAAUUAUGAAAGGUUAUUCAUAUUAUAGAUUAAUUUCGAAAUUUUGUAUGUAUAAUAUGAAUGAUAGUCAAAAGUUGGAAAAAAAUUUUAUGCGUGAUUAUUUGUAAUGAUUUAGAUAAAUAAAAGACAAAUAUACUUAUGUAUAUUUAUAUUUAGAUAUUUAUUAUAAAAAAAAUUCUAACAAAGUCAAUGAAUAAAAGAUCAUUGCCUAUUUUGCACGAAUGUUAUGCUUUCAAAUAGGUAAUGACCUUACUACUAUCACGUGUAAUUUAAUUUCUAUAUCCAUAUAGAGAAUAAAAAAUAAGAAUUUUUUAACAUAUACAGAAAUAAUUAGCUAUUAGAAUUAU